AUAAUAGUGAGAAACUACGCUUCUACUAUCAGACCUCCUCAGAACACCCCCAGAUUACGUUAUCUCUUCUACAUGUUCUGUUUCUCGUCAGUGCUCUUGUACUUUGUUGGUAAGAAGGUUGACAAGAAGAAGCAGCCCAAGACUUCGUUCAACAGUGAGCGUGAAUUUCAGGAAUACGAAGAAGCCACUGGGCUCAAGAGAAGAUACAAGUUGAUCAACCACGACAAAAACAAGAACUAUAAGUUUUAUGCUAUCCCCUACGCUUUUCUGGACAAAACUGUAGAUGAAAUCGCUGACAAGAUCAAAAAGCACGACAACGGAAAACAUGUAAAGAUCAUCGAUCCUGCGGUCUUGAUCGAGCAGGAGAAGGAAGACGAAUCCAAAAAAUACUGCUACCUCUUGCAAGACUUGGAACUUUCAAGAAGUCCAUAUCCAAAAGGAUUGAUCACUGCUUUGGUCAAGGAAGAAAUCCAGUUCUAUAUGAAUACGAGAAAUGGCACGUUUGACACAAAUUUUGUGCUCAAGAAUUUUCCCCAAUCUACGGACGAAGCCAUCAAGUUUGAAAACGACGUUUCAGAUAUCCAAAAAUGUAUCAUCUUGCAAAACGACUUCAACUCAGAACUCGACUCUGACAAGAGUGCAACUACUGCUAGAUCGAUCAGAAACGUCAAGGGAUACUUUGAGACUGUAGGAAGAACAAAGGAAAUUGUCCAGAAGGGUGGUGCUGUGGACAAACAGAUCAAGGAAAUCAUCUCGGAAGACUUCUGA